AUGGCUUGUGUUGCUUUAACUUCUCUCAUCGCAACCAUUGAGCUUCAGUUUCUGCAACCCACCCCGAGGGCGUCUCUCCACGAUCGAGCACCGAUCAAAUCUUUCGUUGCAAACCUUGCUUCAUUGCUAGCGAUUCUCCGGGAGGAAUCCAGUGGUGCAGUGAAAGAUUUGGAAAUCCAGACCAGAGACUUUGCACUCAAAGCUGAAGACGACAUCGAAAUGCAACUGUGGAACUUUCUUAUGGCGGAAGACACAGAGAGAGAACAUCUAGAAAAAGCUUCUGAGGAGCUCCUUCAAACCUUGCGAGGAUCAGCAGAAAUUGCAGCGGAGUUGCUGAAGAUUAUAACCAGAGAAAUAGAGUCCUGUGUAAGUGAGAGAGAGAAGGCUAGUGUAGCUUUAACUAUUCUCAUUACGAAAUUUAAGUAUUACUUUUUCCACCCCAUCCCAACCGUGUCUCUCGAUGAUGGAGCAGCAAUGCUAUCUUUCUUAGAAAACCUUUCUUCUCUGCAAGCCUGCUUAUUGCAGGGGAAAUCCAAUGGUGGUGCUGCAAUCAAGAAAUUGGAAACCAAAAUCAGAAACUUCGCACUCAAAGCUGAAGAUGACAUCGAAAUACAACUAAGCAACUUUCUUUUAGCCAAAUACACCGAGCAUGAAGGAGAAGCUUCCCAGGAACUCCAUCGAACUUUGAGAGAAGCGGCCGAAAUUGCAGCAGAGUUGUUGAAGAUUAUCAACAAAGAAAAAGAGGAUGAGAGAGAGAGGGAGAUGGCUUGUUUUGAGUUAACUUCUCUCAGGGCAGCUAUUGAGGUGAUAAUGAAUUCUCUUCAUGAGGAAGCGGGAAUCAAAUGUAAUUUCUUGGAAGACCUUUCUACUUUGCAAGACUUUCUGCGGGAGGAAUGUAGUGGUGGUGCUACAACCCAAGAUUUGAAAACCAAAAUCAGAAACUUCGCACUCAAAGCUGAAUAUGACAUCCAAAUACAACUAAGCAACUUUUUUCAAGCCAAGGAAAAAGAGUCUCAAGAAGAAGCUUCCAGGGGACUAUAUCAAGCCUGGCAAGAAGCAUCAGAAAACGCAACCGAGUUGUUGAAGAUUAUCACCAAAGAAAAAGAGGACUAUGGAAGUGCGAGACAGAUGGCUAGUAAUGCUUUAUAUAUUUUCAUGAAAAAAUUUCAUUUAGACUUUUUGCAUCCCACCCCAAUAGUGCUUCUUGAUGAUAAAGCAGUAAUGAUAUCUUUCUUUGAAAAGCUUUCUUCUUUGCAAGCCAUACUGCAGAGGGAGUCUAGUGGUGGUGCAGCAAUCAAAGAUUUGGAAACCAAAAUCAGAGACUUUGUACUCAAGGUUGAAGAUGACAUUGAAACACAAAUAAAAUUUUUAAUUCAGGCCAAAUAUGACAUAGAAUAUCAAGAACAAGCUUCCCAACUCAAUCAAACCUUGCAAGAAGCAGCCAAAAAUGCAGAAGAGUUGUUAAUGAUUUUCAACAGCGAAAACGAGUGUGAUGAUGAGAUAGAGAUGGCUUGUGUUGCUUUAAGUAGUCUCAUGGGAACAAUUAAGCAGGAGUUUCUUGAUGAUGAAGCAGUAAUGAAAUCUAUCCUUGUAAAGAUUUCUUCUUUGCAAGCCUUUUUGCAAAAGGAGUCCAGGGAUGGUGCUGCAGUGAAAGAUUUGGAAACUAAAAUAAAAAACUUUGCACUCAGAGCUGGAGAUGGCAUCAAAAUCCAACUAAACAAUUUUCUUCAGGCCAGAGACACAGAGUAUCAAGAAAAAUUUUCUGAGGAACUUCAUCAGACCAUGCGAGAAGCAGCAGAAAGUGCAGCAGAGUUGUUGAAGAUUAUCAACAGUAGAAGCAAUGAAGUUGAUGAGGCAAAUGAAACUCAAACAUCGAAUAGUUGGUUAAAACAUGCUUCCUAUUCUGCGAAUGUUGAGUCUGAUGGAUCCUCACAGCGCUUUCUAAAGCUUGAGGGCAGAAUGGUUGUUCGUCACCAUGAUUAUGGAGUGAUAACGAACCAACUACUCUCUUCCUAUGGUCAACCACCAAAAACGAUAAUCUCAAUUGUUGGAAUGGUGGGUAUUGGAAAGACUAUGUUAGCUAGAAAUGUCUAUGAAGAUCCAUUAGUUGCAUCGCAUUUCCAUGUACGAGGUUGGAGUACCAUACCUCAAGACUACAAUAAGAUCCGAAUGCUAUGCGACCUUCUUAAGUCAAUUACGCCAACAAAGCCAAAUUUAAUUAAAAAGGGAAGCACUCCAGAUGAACUAGAAAUGCAGAUACGCAAAUGUUUACUUGGUAGGAGGUAUCUAAUUGUUUUGGAUAAUAUUUUGAGCAAUCAAGCUUGGAUUGACUUCAUACAGUGUGUUCCUAAUGACAUAGAUGGAAGUUGCAUAUUACUAACCACUAGCCACUUCAAACGAGAGUACUACCGUAGCAACUAUAUCCAUCACAUGACUUUGCUAGAUCCAGAAGAAAGCUGGAAUCUAUUUUGUAAUAUCCUUCCUAUUAAAGAGCACAUGGCACCUAAAUUUGAAAACAUUAAGAACGAUGUUGUGGAGAAAUGUGAUGGAUUACCACAGUUAAUUGUUGAAGUUGCCAAGCGCUUAUCUAAAUGCAACAACAUACAACAGGGAUGGAAGAAGAUUGAAAAGGAAUUAGAGUCAUUGGGAAUUCUAGAUCGCAAUGCACUCUAUGCCCUUUACAAUCCAUUGCCACAUCAUUUGAAAGUUUGCUUUCUAUAUUUUGGGAUCUUCCCAAAACGUUAUAAAAUUCAGGUUAAAACGCUUAUAAGGUUAUGGAUUGCCGAGGGAUUUGUGAAGCCAUUGGAACAUAAGGAGUUAUAUAAUCAAGCUUAUGGGUAUUUACAAGAGCUUAUUGAUAGAAGCCUUCUCUUAAUUGAAAAUCAAAGUUUUGACGGCAAAACCAAGACUUGUAGAAUGCACAGUGCCUUGCAUAGCUUCUGUGUAGGAGAAGCUCAGAAACAUGGUAUCUUAUGUGCAGUAAAUAUUCAGCAACACUCAGGUUUGCCAUUAAAAGAGUUUGCAAAUUCCUGCCGUUGGUUAAGUUUUUGCUCACAUAGUUUUGACUACUAUGUGCUCUUUAGUACAAAUAUCUCUCGCUCCAUUUUCUUCUUUCAUGAUAAUCCUGAAAUCUUUGUUCCUCCAAAACUGUUAAGAGUUAUGGCUUUUGAUCCUUCUGUAUUCCUUCAAAGAGUGCCAGUGAAUGUAAGGGAUUUAGUUUUUUUGAGAUACCUAUCUAUAACACAGUGGUUUGAAGGUCUUGAUCAUGUAGUUUCAAAUAAUCCAUAUUUGCUAUCCCUUGUUGUUUCCAGUAAUGAAUCACAAUUCGGAGCACCACCUGUCCAUUUGCCAUCCAGUAUUUGGGAGGCACCACAGUUAAGGCAUCUUGAACUUGGUGAUUCAUAUAGGGUGGAUUCCCCAAGCAUGGUUAAAGAAAAUUUGCAAUCAUUAUCUUGGGUGGUGAGACUUAUUCAUUGCAGAAAGGAGGUGUAUGACAAGUUACCUAACAUAAAAAAGCUGAAAAUUUCCCUGAAAGAUGAUGACAUAGAGGCCAGUCACACUGGUGGAUCUUACAGCAAUCCCAUUAUUUUGGAUUAUCUUGACUAUUUGGAAGAGCUUGAGAAGCUAACUAUUUCAAUAUCUGUUGGCUGUGUGUUAACCCUUACAGCAAGGUUGGUGUUUCCUUCACAAUUGAAGAAGUUGAGGUUGAGUGGGACUAAUCUUUCUGAAAGGGAUUUGACUGUAAUUGGCAUGUUGCCACAACUUAUGGUGCUCAAGUUAGAAAAUGCCUUCCAAGGAACGGUAUGGAAAGUAUCUAAAGGAGGAUUCCGUAGAUUAAGAUUCUUGCUGCUUGAAGAUAUAAAACUCAAACAGUGGGAGUGGGAAACUUGUGAUGAUGAUAACUUUCCCGUGCUUGAGCACAUAGUCUUAAGAUUCUGUUAUAGUUUGAAACAGAUCCCUGGGAUAUUUAAAGAUGUUUUUACGCUGAAAUUAAUUGUGUUUGAGGAGUGUUGCCCUUCCCUUGUUGCUUCUGCCAAAAAGAUUCAAUAUGAGCACUGGGCAUGUGGAGACGUAACUUUUGAGAUCAAAAUAAUGGGCCCUGAAUAUGAUACAGAUGUGUCUUUAGAAGACGACUUGGCCAGCCUCACAGAUACAGAAUUAUCUGUAGAAGAUGACUUGGCCAACCCAACACUCUCAGAGUGAAUUAAUCGUAGUUACAAAAUGAGGGGAGGAGAACAUCCAAGAUCAGUAUCUGAUCCUCAGAGUGUUGGAGCCACCAAGAAGCCCAAGCUCAUCUUCACGCAUGAGAUGAUGUGCUGAUAUUUUAUUGGGUAAUUUAUGCAGUAUUGCUGUACCUGGUUUUGUCACUGUAGUAUUGUCAAGGAAAUGGGAAGCUGCAAGUGCUCAAGUACUUAAGAUCUAGAGGCAUUUUGUAGGGCAUCAGUCAAAUCAAAGAUUUUACGGUGAUCCUGGUUUCUAAGAGAAGGCUUUCAAAUCUGUAGUUAGUCUUCAGUAAGCAGGAUAAUGAAGAGAACUUGAAAAGGUUUACUAGCGACUUGGACUCUUGGAGUACGCUUGGAGGCAAAGGCACUCACUGGUUGAUUCCCAUCUGAUGGGAAUGCAUAUCCCAAAGCUAGGCAUGUGGCAUUUGUUCUUGUCAUUGGAGAAGAUGGCAAAUGGUUCUGAAGUUGAAGUACUGAUGUUACUAAGAUGAUUGAUUUACUUUACAAUUAAGGUGAAGAGCCACUGUAAAAUUGCACUCAUCAAUGGCAUGGGAGGUAAAUCUUAACCCGAAAUCAAUGAGUUGAUUACGACUGAAAA